AUGUCUGACAAGCAACCGCGCAAGAAGAUUAUCGUCACCUACUGGCCAAAGGGGUCCCGUAUCAGGGUGGUGGACGCGAGCAGCAUCGAAGAAAACACCGAACAGGGGUCCUCAGUUCGUACUCCUGUCUCCCCGGCUGAGUCCGGCGACGAGGCCGAGUCCAAGAACAAGAACGAUUCCGAGGACAAGACCAAGUCCAGCGAGAAGACCAAGUCUAACGGCAACGAGACUCAGUCCCCCCGUCCCACUACUCUGGCUCGACUUUUCCGGACGCCACUGCCCACUAGCCGUACGUUCACCCCAAUUAACAGCAACGGAGGUCAGGGAACUUCCUCUGCAUCCUCUUCUCGCAUGAACCUGCGCUCGGCCCAAGGCGGGCAGACUGCUACUCCCUCCAAGGCUGAGCCGAAGAAGGGAGAAAUGGAAAACCAGCAGCAGCCAUCUCGUGCUGUCAACGGACAGCGCGACACAGCAGCUCCCAAGCAAAAGAAGCGGUACCCGUGCAAGUAUGCCCAGAAGCUGAACUGCGAUAAGACCUUCACAACGUCGGGCCACGCGUCCCGGCACUCGAAGAUCCAUCUUGGCGUGAAGAACAUCCUUUGCGAAUAUCCCGGCUGCACGAAGAAGUUCACGCGUAACGAUAACAUGAAGCAACAUUACAAGACGCACUUCAGGAACGAGACGAACCAGACUGGCACUACGACUCGCUCUGCUCGCGCCUCAAUCACGGUGAAUAGUCGCCGUGCCUCAACCGAUUCCUCCGUGACCCAAACCACCACAACUUCGCGCGUGAGCAGUGGGUCUCUAGCACCAAGCACAACACCAGGAUCGGUGCUACCCACGCCGAGAAUCUCCAAUCCGCUCAGGACUGCGUCACCGUCAUCGCCGAGUACCGCGCUAACCUCGCCUGCCUCGUUUCACUCGCCCCUGGUUCGGCCAUCGCAACGGUCCCACUCUAGCGGUAAUGUUAACGACAAUGACAACAAAGAGUACUUCCCCAAACUGUAUGGAGAUAUCCCUCCUGAGCGGCGCUUGCCGGCCAUCUCCGAGAUCCAGCGGCCUGGCUCCUGGACGACGGCUCUCCCUCCAUUGCGCAUUCCAGAGGGUCGCCCGGGGCAGCCUCCCCAGCUAGUGCAGGGGCAUGGUUACCAUGGUUACUAUGGUUACCAGCCUCGAGAACCAGAACCGGCCCAUGGCUACAUCGGUUUCCGGCCUCGUGAGCCAGAGAACUGGCAGCCCGUUGGCUGGGGAACUCCGGCUUUCUUGUUGACCCAAACUCAGCGUGCUCGAAGCCCCUCGCCGAGCGACCGACUGCUGACCGUCCCGGACCGGCUUAGGCACUUGAUGCCGGUGAAUCGCCCGGCGAACGGUUUAGAUAUGUUAAUUGCCGCGUGUGAGGAGGUGAACCAGAUGAGGAAGAGGGAGUGGGAAGAGGAGAGCGGUGGGGAAGACAACAACGAGGAUAACGGAGAUGAAAAUCAAAGGGGUAAACGGCGGAAGAUGAACGGCGAGGCUGCCGAUAAGGAUAAGCAGCCUGAGUGGAAUAACGAUAGUGAUGGCGACAUCGUCAUGAGCUAG